CCUACGUAGAGGUUGUACUACGUCUAGCGUGGCUUCGACACUUCAAGAUGGCUACACAGGCGAAUGUGCGAUAUACCGAGAACCGGUCUUGCUACAAUUGUGGACAGCAGGGGCAUAUCUCUAGAUUCUGCCCUCUUCCGGACAAACGGCUCAACAGCGGACAAGCGAGCACAAGUAUGGCGAUUGUUCCGGCUCAGCCUUUGAUGACGGCGCCUAUCAGUUCGAAUGGAGUGAGCAUUGUAGCUCCUCAUCAGAAUGUUUUUUCUUCUGGCUACUCCAACGACAAGACAUGCCUUCGUAAUAGAGUUGCUACUUUGGAGGAGAUAGUAGGGAAGAUCAAGAGCAAGCAUGAUGCAGACGAGGCGAAGGAACUAGCGACUAAGCACGAGAUUGAACGAAGGAACAAAGAAAAAGACGAAGAGGAGAGAAGGCUUAAGGAUAAGCAAGAACGUGAAGAACAACAUCUGAGACUUAGUCAAGAGCUGGGAAAGCAGUGGGGAAAGAUUUGUGAGAAGAUUGAAAAGAGAGACAAGGAUGCGAAUGAACUGGCCAAGUUACGUGAAGAUGUUGCACGACUGUCACGAACUAAGGAGGAUGUUACCCCAUCACAGCCUACAGCUGCUAAAGUUGACAUCGUUGACGUACUCAGGAGGGAGCAAGACGAAAUUCGAGCAGCAGUCGAUCGAAGAUUUGCUAUGAUGGAGGAGAGGAUUAACCAUUUGAUCAAGGGAAAAGAAGCAGCUGAAGCGGAUGUCGAGUUGUGGAAAGCGGAGGCGCUCCGAUCUAGCAACAAGAGGGGAAGCAUCGCUAUUGAGACCCCUACUUCGAAUGCUAGGGCGCAUCUGAGAAGUACUCCUAGUCGGGAGGGAGCAGUUGUUGGACCAGUCAGUGCGAGAACUGAGAAAGGAAUCAACCCUUCCUUGAAGGGUAUUGUCGAUCAACAUAACAUGAAAGUUAACUUGCUGAAGGAGAUGCGAAUGAAGGAUGUGAACGGACGAAUGGAAGCUGAGAAAGAAGUUGAGAAAUUAAAGGCUGAAAUGGCUCGUUUGGAGAUAAGCAGGAGGCAGAAGGGAACUAAUCUUAAAACCAGGUUAGACAAAGCUGCUGGGGCAUCCACUUACAAACCACCUUGUCCACCCUGUUCGUCCUCCAAGAAGAAGGCAGCCACUUCGAGCGCCGAUUGAAAUGACAGGGAAGCGUUACUUCUGAUCGAGAAGAAGAACCUCCGACGAAAAACAAAGAAGAGAUUCAGGAGAUAUGUCGUGAUGAGGGGGUACCUUACACCACUCUGGAACCUACCAAGGAGAUGAUUGUCGUUCGACGUGUUGAGAAAGCCAUCAAUAUGGACGAGCGAAACAAAGGUAAGCAGAAGUU